AUGAAGACCUCUCCCUUGAUGCUCGCCGGCCUGCUUGGCCUAGCAGCUGCUGAUCCAAUCAAAAAGCAGCAAGCGAGUCCUACUCCUGCUCCCAAGAAGACUACUCCAGGACACCUCGUGCGCAUCCCUUGGAAGGUAGACAAAGUCCCAUCUGAUGGUCUACAGGACAUCACAUUUCACAUAUCCAUGAAGGACUCUAUUCGCCAAAAGGGCUGGUAUUUUGCACAAAACUUCGACUUUUACAAAUCGGGCGAUGCAUAUAUCGGAGUACAGCCACGCCCGGCUAAUUCCAAAGGCCCCGCUGACCUCGCCGCAUUUUCAAGCUUCGUACCUGGAACAACGUCGACAGACCCCAACUGCAGGUCUGGUGCUGAUCGAGGACCCGGUGUCACCUGCGCCGUCCAAAUCACCGGCACCGAUGACCACUCCUAUGACCUCAGGGUCGAAAACAUAGGCAACACAACGUGGAGAGGGACCAUGGUGAAUACUGUUUCCAAAGUGGAAACUCACAUCGGAUCGUGGACUCUGCCGGCAGGGGCAGGGGGGGUAACGGGAGAGUAUCAAGGGUUCGUGGAGUGGUGGCCGUUCAAUGACCGUUCAAAGCCACCGACCUGCAACUUGUUGAAUCGUACUACGGUAGCAUAUGGGCCGCCCAGGACUUCAACGGCAAAUGCUGGUGCUGGGCGCUUGGGCAAUCUGUACGAGACCUUUGAGUGCACAGGCAAGAUUAACUACAAGACCCAAAAGGUCGGAGAUAAUGUUGAAAUCAGCGUUGGGUUUUGA